AUGUUUCGCCGAGCAGUGCAUUCAACCGCCAAGGCCUUUGCGCCGCGCCGGGGUGUGUGGGACCUCUUGCGUCCGUCCAACUGGCACCCCGCCGCGGCGUUGGAGCAGUCGCUGCUCGAGGGCGACAAGUUGGAGCGCCAGCUCAUGAAAUCGCUCAAGCUGAUCCCGUGGGGGUGGAACUUGGAGCAGUUGGAGAAGGAGGAGCGCGAGUUUUUCCAGGACUUUCCCGACGAAUACGAGGGCAAAGCCACGAAAGAAGCCGCCAAGGACACGACGACGACGUUGCCCUAUGCCAACUACUCGUACAGCAGCGCCUACCUCGUUGACAGCGACGGGCGUCGUGUGGAGAGCGUCCGCCGUCGCUAUGAAGAUUCCACGGGGCGGUUGAAGGCCAUGCACGCGCGAGACGUGAACGGGCGUAAGAUGCUGUCCAAGUGGAAUCGGGAACAGUACAGCGACAAGGGCACGCACGAAGUCAAGUGUUCGACUGUAGGCACCCCCGAGGAAUUUGAAGAGCUGUGGCAGUCGACGCCGUUUGCCAAGGAGGAAAAGGCCAUUGAAUUGGGCGAGCCAAAGCCGAAAAAGGACACGGAGCAAGCGCUGCCCCUCCACGCGUCCCCCACCGAGUCGGCCACAGCCUAAGCCCCCAAGAGGUUUAUUAUACCCCAAGAGGUGUAUUAUAUCCAAGUGUCAAGUCACUGAAGCGAUUAACCUGCAAUUGAAUUGGUCAC